GGCAACGGCUUGGCGCCGAAAUGGAGGACGGCGGAGCAGUUUCAUAACCCCCGUGUGGGCGGAGCUUGGUUUUCUGGAAGCUCCGCGGAGAUAAACGUCCGGGCAGACGGGCGACGGUGGGAGGAAGAAAACACUCACCAACGGCUGGGAAGUGUUUCCGAGCCGCGGAGAAGGAGAGCGGAGACCGGAGCUUUCUGAAAGUGUACGGCGGGCGACUUGUCAGUUAUAUCACAGGACUGUGUGUUUGUGUUUGUGUUUGUGUGUGUGUGUGUGCGCGCGGGUGUGUGUGCGCAUCCCUGAAAAGUGGAACCCGUUCGGCUCUUCGGGAUGUGAAGAUCCGCGUAGCCCACCUGGAUCGGUGCUGUAACCCGAGCCUGAUGUAGUACACAGUCCACGGGGUCUGCUCGGGCAAUUCAUCCCCUCUCAAGCCAGCGAAGCAGCCGGAGCCGCCAACGGCAGCAAGCACACAGACACACCGGCGGAGUAGUUUACUAUAAUGUUUGCUUUUUGACACGAAGGGGCACGAUACCGGGAAGCUGUGGGAAAGGCGGGGCCGAACCGGUGGACUCCCCAAACUGGAUUAUUGAGCUCUCCCUGUGCCGAUUCACCCACAGCGACGCAGCGGUUUUUUGUGGAGGUGAGGGGGGGCGGGGGGUCGACGAAAAGGAGGCAACAACCGGGAUUUAGAAACCUUUCUUUGGAACUCUUUACCGACUACCCUGCAGCUGACGACACGGCCGGUGUGUUGUCCGUUAUUCCUGCCAAACGGUCAGCUGCCCCCGCCUCCCUGCCCCCACGCCGGCCUCCGGUUUUCACCAUUUUUUUUUUAGGAGCAUAUAACCGGGUUUGGGACGCAUAUUUUUGGGGAUAAUUCUUUCCCCCAGCCGGGGUCGGACUAUGGCGGACGACGACAUUCUCUUUGAAGAUGUGUACGAGCUCUGUGAGGUCAUUGGCAAGGGCCCCUUCAGCGUGGUGCGGAGAUGCAUCAACAGAGAGACGGGGCAGCAGUUCGCUGUCAAAAUCGUGGACGUGGCCCAGUUCACCUCCAGUCCAGGACUCAGCACAGAGGAUCUGAAGAGGGAGGCCAGCAUCUGUCACAUGCUGAAACACCCCCACAUCGUGGAGCUGCUGGAGACCUACAGCUCAGACGGGAUGCUCUACAUGGUGUUUGAGUUUAUGGACGGAGCAGACCUGUGCUUCGAGAUCGUGAAGAGGGCAGACGCUGGCUUCGUCUACAGUGAGGCAGUGGCCAGUCACUACAUGAGACAGAUCCUGGAGGCGCUACGCUACUGCCACGACAACAACGUCAUCCACCGGGACGUCAAGCCUCACUGUGUGCUGCUGGCGUCCAAAGAGAACUCGGCCCCGGUGAAGCUGGGGGGGUUCGGAGUCGCCAUCCAGCUCGGAGAGUCUGGACUGGUGGCAGGAGGUCGGGUCGGUACUCCCCACUUCAUGGCCCCGGAGGUGGUGAAGAGGGAGCCGUAUGGAAAGCCUGUGGACGUGUGGGGCUGCGGCGUCAUCCUCUUCAUCCUCCUCUCAGGGUGUCUGCCUUUCUACGGCACCAAGGAGCGGCUGUUUGAAGCCAUCUGCAAGGGCAAAUACAAGAUGAACCCGCGCCAGUGGAGCCACAUCUCGGAGAGCGCCAAGGACCUGGUGAGGCGCAUGCUGAUGCUGGACCCGGCUGAGAGGAUCACCGUCUACGAGGCUCUGAACCACCCCUGGCUCAAGGAGAGGGACCGCUACGCCUACAAAAUCCACCUGCCAGAGACCGUGGAGCAGCUGAGAAAGUUCAACGCCAGGAGGAAGCUGAAGGGUGCCGUGCUGGCUGCAGUGUCCAGUCACAAGUUUAACUCCUUCUAUGGAGACCCCCCCGAGGAGCUCCACGACUUCUCCAACGACCCCACCUCCUCAGGACUACUAGCAGCAGAACGGGCUGUGUCUCAGGUGCUGGACAGUUUAGAGGAGAUCCACGCGCUGACAGACUGCAGUGAAAAGGAUCUAGAUUUCCUCCACAGCGUUUUCCAGGACCAACAUCUACACACACUGCUCGAUCUGUACGAUAAGAUCAACACCAAGUCGUCCCCACAGAUCAGAAACCCCCCGAGUGAUGCUGUGCAGAGAGCCAAAGAGAGCUCCUCCCAAGACGAAGCAAGUGGCGCUUUGAAACAUCUGGAAUAUGUACUGGAAGAGAUUUCCUGCUACCCAGAGAACCACGAAGCUAAAGAACUCAGACGGAUACUGACCCAGCCGCAUUUCAUGGCCUUGUUGCAGGCCCACGACGUGGUGGCCCACGAGGUUUACAGCGACGAGGCCCUGAGGGUGACCCCUCCCCCCACCUCACCCUACCUGAACGGAGACUCCCCGGAGAGCACCAACGGAGACAUGGACCUGGAGAACGUCACCAGAGUCCGUCUGGUCCAGUUCCAGAAGAACACGGACGAGCCAAUGGGUAUCACGCUGAAGAUGAACGACUCGAACCACUGCAUCGUUGCGAGGAUAAUGCACGGAGGGAUGAUCCACAGACAAGGAACGCUGCACGUCGGAGACGAGAUCAGAGAGAUCAACGGCAUCAGUGUGGCCAACCAGACAGUCGAGCAGCUGCAGAAGAUGCUGAGGGAGAUGCGAGGCAGCAUCACCUUUAAAAUAGUGCCAAGUUACCGGACGCAGGGUUCCUCGUGUGAGAAAGAGUCCCCCACCACCUCCAGGCAGUCCCCUGCCAAUGGCCACUCCAGCAUUAACAGUUCUAUCUUGGACCUGCCCUCCACCAUCCAGCCCAAAGGUCGACAGAUUGUUUCCAGACCUCCAAUCAAGGACAAAAUGUCAGUGAAGAUCUACGUGAGAGCCCAGUUUGAAUACGACCCCUCCAAAGACGAGCUCAUCCCCUGCAAGGAGGCCGGCAUCCGCUUCCGCGUGGGCGACAUCAUCCAGAUCAUCUCCAAGGACGACCACAACUGGUGGCAGGGCAAACUGGAGAACACGAAGAACGGCACGGCGGGACUCAUCCCGUCACCAGAGCUGCAGGAGUGGCGGGUAGCGUGUAUAGCUAUGGAGAAGACCAAGCAGGAGCAGCAGGCCAGCUGCACCUGGUUCGGCAAGAAGAAGAAACAGUACAAGGACAAGUAUCUGGCAAAGCACAACGCAGUGUUCGACCAACUAGAUCUCGUCACGUACGAGGAGGUGGUGAAGCUUCCUGCUUUCAAGAGGAAAACACUAGUUUUGUUAGGUGCUCAUGGAGUGGGCAGAAGACACAUCAAGAAUACACUCAUAACCAAACACCCCGACAGAUUCGCCUACCCCAUCCCACACACAACCAGACCUCCAAAGAAGGACGAGGAGAACGGGAAGAACUACUACUUUGUUUCCCACGACCAGAUGAUGCAGGACAUCAGCAACAACGAGUACCUGGAGUACGGCAGCCACGAGGACGCCAUGUACGGGACGCGGCUGGAGACCAUACGCAAGAUCCACCAACAGGGGCUGGUAGCUAUACUGGACGUGGAGCCGCAGGCCCUGAAGGUCCUGCGGACAGCAGAGUUCGCCCCGUACGUCGUGUUUAUUGCUGCACCAACCAUCACGCCAGGAAUCAAUGAGGACGAGUCUCUUCAGCGGCUGCAGAAGGAGUCGGAGAUCCUGCAGAAGACCUACGCCCACUACUUCGACCAGACCAUCAUCAACAACGAGAUCGACGAGACCAUCAGGCACCUGGAGGAAGCCAUCGACCUGGUGUGCACCACCAGCCAGUGGGUCCCUGUGUCCUGGGUCUACUGACCUCCUCCUCCUCCUCCUCUUCCUCCUCCUCCUCCUCCCUUCUUCUCUCUGCUCCUCCAUCUCCCCUGGGCCAAACUCCCAUCAUUCCCUCUUUAAAAUAAUGAUAAACAAAGACAAACAGCGAUGGGAAACCUCUCUCUACACUGCACUCGAUGGAAAACACCCUCAGCGUAUCGUGACAGCGACCACAGCAUUCAGCCGAAACCCUCUCCGCCGCCGCCGCCGCCGCCGCUCAGACGACCUGCGGCGCCCAGUUGUCGGACUCUCGCCCUAACAGACGACCUAGUCAUAGUGUUGUAUAAAAACAGAGUAAACAAAAAGUGAAUAUUGUCAUGUCUGUACUAGCUAGGAGGCAACAUUUUUGUAGAUGUUUGUUUUAAAGAGACAGUACUGCGUCCCGUCAUCCCACCACAGCCGCCGCCCUCCCAUCACAUUGUAGUCCUGUUGGGUGUUGUAGACCAUCUGUAGGACAGUGUCAGUGGGUUUUCUGUCUCAGCAGACUGAAGUAAAAGCACACAAACACACUGCAAUGUCUUCUCCUCUAUAGAUCAUGUGACUCUCCCUCAUAUUUAUUCAUCCCCGUUCUUUUCUAAGCUGAAAUACAUCCUCAUCGUCUGUCCUGUUGUUAUCUCUGGGUACAGUUACACACACACACACACACACACACACACACACACACCUACACCUUUCUACCCACCAGGUACUGUCUCUUCUAAAUAAAUCCAUAAAUGUUUUAGAGAUUUGAAUGAGGUUAUCAUGCAUGUGGACAUUUGCAAGCUUCCAUGCUGUCAGUCAGUCAGUGUUCCCCCGUGUCCCUCUGUAAACCUCCGAGAAAGAAAAGACAAAAAUGUACUUAAAAAAAAACAAAAAAACAAACUAAAUUAAAAAAAAAAAAAAAAACAUUCCAGCUGUUUGGAAAACUGAACUCAGCCAAGGGAAGCAAGACGGGGGCAAGAAAAAACCAACAGCGACGGAGCCGGACGUUGACUUGACACCUAUGCACAUCCCUUGCAUUUCGGGUGACAUUUCUAAACCACAGAUUUAUAAUAAUAAUAAUAAUGAUAAUAAAAAAAAUAAAUAAAAAAAAGAUCGAUCAUGUAGUGAGAUGUGUUUGUAAAAAAGAAAAUCAAAUAAAAGUCUUGAUUUUU